AUGGAGUUGUACGCCAUCUACUUUGCCUCUCUGGCUUUUUUCAAUGCCGCCAUUGCACAUUAUCGCCAGCAGCAAAGGAAGCCAGAUGCCUCAAGCGAAGAAACCGUCGCACUGCCACCAGGGAUAGCUGGCAAGCAGGAGGCGAAGAAGUUCAAGCUCACUUACUUUGGUGUCUACAUCUGUGUGAUGGCGGCAGACUGGCUGCAGGGACCCUAUAUGUAUACCCUUUACAAAGAUGAGAAGUUACUCCCAGAGAAAGUGGUGGCUGCCCUCUUCACAACAGGCUUCGUGGCCGCAGGGAUAUGCGCCUCCUUCGUGGGGUCGUUGGCAGACCGGCAUGGCCGAAGGGCCGCUUGUUUGACCUUCUGCAUCGCGUAUUCCGUGUCUUGCUUGUCAGUGCUUAGCAACGACCUUACGAUCUUGUUUGCAGGCCGCGCCUUGGGAGGUCUAAGCACGACAUUGUUGUACUCGGUUUUUGAGCCCUGGAUGAUUGCCGAGUAUCACGCCAGAGAGCUGCACGAGUCGAUGUGA